AUGACCUCCGAGAUUGAUUCCUCUCCCACUGCAUCAAACGGCGCCAUGCCUGGAUACGCGAACCACUACCCUCCCGCUGACGACCUGUCGUCCUCCCGUAUGCUCUCCACCUCCGUCGGCUCCCUCUCCUCCUCCCGACAUCAGCAGUCGCAGAUCGCGAAGACCUAUCGCCAAGCCGCUCAGCUGUUCCUGACUCGACGUCUGCCGGAAGCGUUGUCGACCAUCGAACCCGUCAUCACACCUCAGCUUCCCGAGGGCUCGGCCGAUGUCCCGUUCGAUACACAUGAGGACUCGCAGAAGCCGAGGGCGGUGGCUCCCAUUGCGUCGGCCUCGCGUGGGACUCGUAUCAAAGUAUGGAGCUUCUAUCUGACCUUCCUCAAUGCGGUCGUGGAGCUGGGACACGAGGAGGGGAAGCAUGCGUUCGGCAGUAGCAAAUGGCGCGCAUUGGUCGCCAAGGCGCGAGAUGGCAGCGUAUGGGAAGAGGUGGUGCAGAAUGGAUAUGGGGGAAGUGAAAGCGAUGUUGAUCCGGAUGUGGUCAUCAAUCUUGCGACCCUUCUCUUGACACAUUGCCCGGCUCAGACCCUCAACCAACAACGGUUGGAGACAUAUCUCUCCGCAACAGCAAAUCCCACCUUCGACAUCACCUCCCGAUUAUCCUCGUCACAGGGCCUCCACCACAUCCCCAAGCGAUACUCUCCCCCAACCCCCGGCGGAGGCACAUCGACGCCCCGAGACCUCAACACCCGGUUAAAGUUGCUCGAACUGUACACCCUCCACGUCCUCCCGCGCAACGGCGAAUGGGAGUAUUCCCGCGAAUUCAUCAUGAUGAGCGAGGUCCUCGACGACGAACGCAAGGAAGCCUUCCUCGCGGCGCUCCACUCCCUCAAGGAAGAACGGGAGCAAGCCGAGGAACGGGAGCGCGAGCUCGAGCAAUCCCGGGAAGAAGAGAUGGAAGCCCGUCGCCGCGAAACCGAGAAGGAGGCCGACGAGGAGAGAAAGCGGCUGCAGCAGCUGGAGAAGGACGAGCAGCGACGGCGGCAGGAUGAGAAGAGACGACGAGCGCCCGUGCAGCCGGACGCGGUCAGGCCGGAGAGCAGACCCAAUCCAAUAUCAAGAUCAUCGGGUGCCGCAAGGGAAGAUCGACCGGCGCGAAGACCGAGGAAGGCACCACCGAGUCUCUAUAAGCGAUUCGGCGCCAUGUUUGGUGCGCUCCAGACGCUUCUCCUCAACACCGCGCAAGGACUACGAGCCCGACCGCUGGCUCUGCUGCAGACCUUACUGCUCCUGUUGGCGUUCGCGCUGGCCGUUGGCAAUCGGGAGAUUCGGGAGCGGGUGAAGCGGAUUGUGUCGAACGCGUGGCAGCGACUCCGCCAGACCGUCGGGAUGGGGGUCAAGAGCGGCGACCUACCCCCAUCGUCGCCGGAGACGCCGCCGGUGGACACCCAAGCGGCGUCCCCUCCGCAGCAGAUCACCAUGCGCUGCGGCACCGGGCUAUCCUACAUGAACAGCUCCGUCAAAGUCAAAGGCUGCUACGACCCCGAAUAUGUCCUCGACUAUCCCCCUACCAUCAUCACCAAAGACCUCUACCAGGAACUGCGCUGCCCUGAAUGUCAAGUCAACGCGCGCUAUUUCAACGGCGAGAUGAUUCGGUAUAUAAAAUGGUGCGUGGGCAUGGCGACGUACUUAAGGAAGAUGCGUGCCAAUAAGUUUGAGUACAUGAAUAUGAAGCAUGUGGUAAUGAUCACAGGGACGCCGUUGUCGGUGGAGACGAUGAAGGCGCUGUGGGAGGCGCUGAGGACGGGGGAGAGGUCGAAGUUUAAGGUGGAGGUGAGCUAUACUACUUGUCAGUUGCACGACGAGGGAGUGGGAACACGAGCUAUGAGCGAUGUAGAUAUGGAUUUAAUACUAAACAAUUACUAUGAUGUGAUCAAGGUCAUCGAGACCACCUAG